AUGGAUCUGACCUACAACUUCCUGGAUCAGAACUACAACUUCCUGGAUCAGAACUACAACUUCCUGGAUCAGAACUACAACUCUCAUAUCAGAGAAUCGGAUUACAGAUCAUGUAACACCCUAAUUAUGAACAAAAAUGAAAUGUCAGAAGAAAACAUUGACAAGAUGAUUAAAAUGGGCUCAGAUGUUGAAGCUGUUCUUCGUGAAGAGGUACUGCAAGUGGAGCAAGUUGAAGAAAACAAGCUCUUGCUUCGAGAUGGUCUCCUACUGGAAAAUGUGCCGUAUUGUGAUGAACCUAGGAAAAAAUCAUGA